AUGCUAACAAACAAUGUACCCAGUGGCCGUCCGAAUACCCCCAGCUGCGGGCAAUCGUCGAGAGAUAUCCAUGAGCUGACGGCUCUGGGCGAGCGCUUCCUGCGUCUCGCCGCCGAAGCACUGUCACUGCCGCCCGAGACCUUUUUCUCGUUUCUGCCGGAGCAGCAUCGCCUGAAGCUUGCGCAUUAUCCGGCAGCGUCCAGCAGCAGCGCCCCAGCGCGGACGGAACAGGGAGUCGGCCCGCACAAGACUCGUCCGGCUGGUGGACGUUUCUGCUGCAGGCGUCGCCGCCCGACAUCAAAGGCUUGCAGGCCCUCAACCGCGACGGUCAGUGGAUCGACGUGCCCAAUAUCCCCGGGCGUCAGGGGCAGUUUGACCAAGGCCGAGGCCGUCGGCUCGUUGAAGGAGUAUUUUGCGACCCUGCUGAAUGACCAAGCCCUUCGUCGCAGUGAUCCCACUACUCCCACUUCUAAUACUACUAGCUCUGCGGCAGAAGAGGAGAUCGAUUCGCCGUUUCUCCGUGGAAAGUACGAUACUUGGGGCGAGUCGUAG